CAGAGGACGGCCAGGACUCACAAAUGCAGUGCUCUAAGAGCGUAUAUCCAUUCCACGACGGCAAAAUCGAAGAUUUCGAGCCAGUGUUCCUCGAACUCAUCCAAGUAAGCUUCAGAUCUUUUAUCACGGUACCAACUAAAUCCCUCUUUCAGAAAAACAUCAACGACGGAACCAGCCCCGAGUACACACGAGCCUUCUUCCCCACCGCUGCAUCUCUCACACGACAAGCUGAUCAAGAAGCCGAUCCCAAACUCGCCAGUGAGCUGUAUCUCCGCGCCGCCUGUCUCUAUCGCAUCUCUCGCUUUCCUUACAUCUCCUCAUUCCCAUUCGUGAACGACUCGACAAAAUGGCAUGCCUGGACUUUGCAGAAAGAAGUCUACCUGAAAGGUGCAUCGAAAUGGGAAGUCCCUAUGACAGAAGUCCUUAUUCCACAUAUCCACCGAUCUGGCGACGAUAAGCAGGAUAUCCCCGCCUACGUGCGAAUCCCCAAGGGAAAAUAUAAAUCCCCAGCUGUCCUCCUCAUGACUGGUCUCGAUGGGUAUAGACCCGAUAACACUACUCGCAGCGACGAGUUCCUCGCCCGAGGCUGGGCUUCAGUCAUUAUUGAGAUUCCUGGGACUGCAGACUGUCCCGCCGAUCCGAAAGAUCCUGUUGCGAGCGAGAGGUUGUGGAGUAGUGUUCUGGACUGGAUGGAGCAGGAUGGCCGGUUUGAUAUGGGCAGGGUUAUGGUUUGGGGGUUGAGUGCAGGAGGGUAUCAUGCGGUGAGGGUGGCGCAUACGCAUAGAGAGAGGCUGAGAGGCGUGGUUGCUCAGGGGGCGGGGGUCCAUGAGUUCUUUGGGAGGGAGUGGAUUGAGAAGGCGGAUGGACAUGAGUAUCCUUUCAAAUUGAGUCCGGCGAUGGCGUGGAAACAUGGAUAUAUGAAUGUGGAGGAUUACAAGAACGGUGUCCAGAAGAAGUUCUCACUUCUUGAAACUGGACUUUUUGAUCAGCCGUCAACGAGACUGCUUCUGAUAAACGGGACUCAUGAUGGGUUGAUGCCGAUUGAAGAUUCGAUGUUGUUGUUUGAGCAUGGAAGUCCGAAGGAAGCGAGAUUCUUUGACAAGGCAUUGCAUAUGGGAUAUCCUCUGGCGAACUCGGCGGUAUACCCUUGGAUGGAGGGUGUGAUGGCGUAGUUGGGGAUACUGGCAAGUAAGGAAGUGUUUUGUGAGAAUGAGGCCGAUCUCACACGAUUGUUGGUGUUCUGGUUUGGUUGUACCGCAAAGGGGUAUCGAUUUAAAGCAUCCGUGCUGCACAUUGCUUCUCAAGUGUAAUGAUAUAUGAUUUAUUUUUGAU